AUUUGUUUUCAGAGUGUUUUUCGACUUUGUUUAUAGAUUAUUCACUUUUAUUGUUAAAAUAUAUUUAAACUAUCUCUACAAGUAGUAAACUUAUGAGCAUUAGUAGAGGGCAGCACGUUGCAGAGCACCAACACAAUGGAACAAGUCCCAGUCAAUCAGAUGUUUCCUCUCCAUACCAGUCUUAGAUGCACAAGUCUGCCUUCCUUUCAAGCAAAAACAGAAAUUCCCACAAAAGACGCGCUCGCGCCUUUAGCGAAGGUAAAUAAUCUCCUUGUAAUCUUAUAAAUUCUGUUCAUUCCCAUCCACUAAUCACACAACACUAUGGCUGAUGAUUUACAAAACUACAAGCUCCAACUGCAACAAGUCGAAGCGGCACUGUUAACCGACCCAGAGAAUAAAGAACUGCAGAAGCUGAAGAUCGAUUUGGAGGAGGUGAUCGACUUGACACUCGACCUCAAGAGCAAAGCCGAAGAGGCCGCCAAUCAGCCCGAGUAUCGCGAGGUGCCCAUCAGCAAUCCAACUGAAGAAGAUGAAAUCACCAAGUCACUGCUUGCCGUGGAGGAGUUUGUCUCAAAAACGAAAAAGCGUAAAUUGUGGCGGGUUGGUGAUAUCUGUAUGGCGAAAUGGAGCGACAAUAAUCAAUACUAUGCAGCAAACAUUGACUCAAUCAACCCUGAUGGCCAGGUGAAUGUCACAUUCGAGGCAUAUCAGAACCGAGGAGUGACAACAUUAGCAGAACUGAAAGAGUUCACAGGCGAAAAGCGCCAGCUCACGGAGGCCGAGAAACUGAAGCGCGCCAAACAGAACAACAAGGAAGUGCUAAAGAAGAAAAAAAUAAAAAAGCAGCAACGAUUUAAGGAGCUGGAAGAGGAGCGCGAGGCGGAAAAGAACAAAUGGUUGGCAUUCAAUAAUAAAGCUGUCAAGGCGAAGAAGACCGGCCUGAACAGCAAGAGUAUAUUUGCGUCACCAGAGUCCGUCAACGGGCGUGUUGGGAUUGGCACGUGCGGGAUCAGCGGGAAGCCGAUGACGGAGUUCUCCGGCGCGGAGAAACACAAACGCGGCCAGUAGAAAAGUAGAAUCGAUGUAAAUCUGUUUGAAGUGAAUUUAAAUGACGCAAUUGGGACACUGAAUGAUCUGUUUCAAUGCAGGUUGCGACCUAUCUUAUUAAUUAUGUCGCAUUCGGCCGACAUUCAGCCAAGGUUUGAUUUUGUGUACAAUUGUUGGAUGUAUUUCAACGCGAAAAUAUACAAAUAAAUCAUUACAAUACAAA